CCAAUUGUUUCAGAUAUUAAUAACAACUAAAAUAGCUAUAUAGAACAUAUAUUUACUCAUCAAUACUGGGUAAAAGUAUUAUGGAAAUUUUAAAAUAUUUAGUAGUUGUGUGGUUGAGUAUCAGCACUGUUUUCCGUGUUACGCUGCUGUAAACACAUAACUGGCAACCCAAGUUAGCGCGUGUGCAAUAUUGUGAAGAAGCAUUCGAGUUACCGAGGGGAUGUAGAGGGUCAAAAGCAUUGAAAUUUUGAUGGCUGACAGAGAGAAGUAAAUCGGUUAACAGUGCUGAAAACGCACAUGAUUUACUAAAUUGGUUUUGGCAUCAUUAAUUACGACACAUGGAGCAAGAAUUUGAGGAUUUUGAUUCAUCCGGGAGAUGGCAAAAUCUUUACAAUGAAAUCCGCAAUCAAGCCAGUGAAUAUCCAUACAAAGUAGCAAAACAUCCAGUGAACAGAAAUUUGAACCGCUACCGAGAUGUCAACCCAUAUGAUCACAGUAGGGUAAAACUUGAAAACUCUGAAAAUGACUACAUCAAUGCAAGUUUAGUCACUGUGAAAGAAGCCCAAAGAGCUUAUAUUCUUUCUCAGGGUCCUUUGAAGCAUACUUGUGGGCACUUCUGGUUGAUGAUUUGGGAGCAGUGUUCCAAAGCUGUUAUAAUGCUCAACAGAGUGAUAGAAAAAGGAUCAGAAAAGUGUGCCCAGUACUGGCCCACCGUAGAGGAGCUACAACUGUCAUUCACAGAUACAGGGUUCAUUGUGAGACUGUUGUCAGAGGAGGACCAGUUCCAUUAUAUCAUCAGACGGCUAGAACUGCAAAACACAAAAACCAGAGAAUCAAGAGAGAUGUACCACUUUCACUAUACCACGUGGCCUGACUUUGGUGUACCAGAAUCCCCUGCUUCUUUCCUCAACUUCCUCUUCAAAGUUCGAGAGUCAGGCUCAUUGGGCCUGGAGUAUGGGCCCCCGGUAGUCCACUGCAGUGCUGGGAUUGGACGCUCUGGGACCUUUGCCUUGGUGGACACUUGCCUGGUCCUGAUGAACAAGAGGACAGGCCCAUCAUCAGUGGACAUACAAAGGGUGCUACUGGACAUGAGGGAAUAUCGUAUGGGACUGAUCCAGACCCCUGACCAGCUCCGCUUCUCCUACAAGGCUGUCAUAGAAGGAGCCAAGCUCAUUCUGACAUACAAUUCAGCAGCACAGGAGAGCACAUUAAAAGUGCUGUACAAGGAUGGCUUGGAGCCAGGUUUACCCCCUACUUUACCUCUGCCGAUACCUCGCCUCAAUGAUGGCUUGUCCAAUGGACCAUGUUCAGAACCAAAAGGGGGAACAGAAGAUAUCAUCUUGCAUAAAGAUUGUGACGUGGGCCAUCAUGUGGCGGAUAAAUCUGGACAUAUAAGAAAAAGGCACCGUGCGGAGAGAAUUGCCAGCACCACACAGAGAGUCCAGCAGAUGAAACAGAGAUUGACUGACGCAGAGAAUAAACUAGAAAAGUGGCGGUAUUGGAGGCCCAUCCUGUUUAAUGCUGGUGCUGGAGCAGCUUUGGUUAUUUUCGUGCUAUGCUGGAUCUACUUCCAGUAAAAUAUUAUGGGUUCCCUAAACUGAGUCCUAUUUUGCACGAGUACCACAGAUUUGGUACUUCUGAGUAUAUGUAGAUUGUUAUAUGUGCAUAUUUGAGGAUAUUUAUUUAGGUCAAAAUGCAGUAGCGCUAGAUCAAAUGAGUGUCUGUAUAUUUUUCCUGUAAGAUCUUAACAAAAAUAGUAACAUCUCAGGAUAUUGGUAAGACCACAAUAUUUUUUUUUCUAAUUUGUCACUGUUCAAGAAUGUACUCGAUUAUAAUAAAACUAAUAAAGAUAGAAAAUGACUAAAGGUGCAGUACAAAGACAAAAAACUACUCUUUGACAGGUUUAUUUUUGCAUUCCCCAUUUGUAAUGGUAAUUGUGUGUGGAUAAUUCAUGAAAACGUUUUAUCAGCUUAUUUCCAAAAUUACCUAGAUACGUAGGAAUACACAAGAGCCAACAGGUCUACUAUGGAAUUUGUUUCCUUCCUUAUUUUGAUAUGCUGAAAUGCAUGUAUGUGUAAAGUUUAUUAGAGAACCUCUUGUUCUUCUAGUCACAUUUAGCAUGGCAUCCAAAUAUUGCCAGAUACAUAUUUUUGUGUUACGGGGUACUUCAUUGGGAGCUGCCUUGCCAAUGUUUCAAACUCUGCUUGAAUGUUACCCUUUGCUUUUCAGAGUUAUUGGAAAGAUUUUUUUCUCUUUUUGUUAGGAAUUUUGGUUGUCAUGUAAAUUGCGUGAGCUGCCCUUUCUGAUGAGUGCAUGUACUAAUGUCACUGAAUGGAUUUAUGUGUAUAUGUUAAAGUUUUACCACUGCUGUUGUAAAACCAAAGCAAAACUGUUUGUUUAGAAAGAUAACAUUUAAAUGACAAAGUUUGGUACUUUUAUUAUGCAAAAGAGUUUUUUUUUUCUAAGAUCUGACAUAAUUCACACUUGUGUUCCAAAAUGAUACAUAUAAUAUUAACCUUUUGAAGUUUUGGUUUGUAAUUUAUUUUAAGAAUUCUAUAUAAUCACCAAAUUGAUUUUCUGUGAACAGGGACCAAUCUAAAAUUACAGUAGUGCAAAUGCAGUGGUUGGUGCAAAGCCCCUUGAUUGAAAAUGAACAAAAAGUUAUAUGAAUUACAUUGUCCGGUCAAUAUCCCUUGAACUGGGUUAAAUACAAAAUCCCUGCACCAAGGUUUCCAGCAUGAUCUGCACCAAAAAAAUCCUAUGUGAAUGGUUGAUCACACCCAAGAUUAAUAACAUGAAAAUUGAUAAAUGUUUUUUUCUCAUGCAACUCCACGGUCAUGUUCCACUUAUUUUGUCUUUAAAAUUUCAGGGUAGUGAUACAUUCUGCUGAGCUGCAAGGAAACCAUGCAAGAUAAGAGGAUUUGGAAAAUAAAUUCUUCUGAAAAACUG